AUGUCAAAGAGAGGAAUUAUUGGCUUCCUUACAGCAUUGGGCUUGACAGCUCAAUUUGCCAAUGGCCAGCUUCAACCCGAUUGCAAUCCGCUCCACACGGAUUGCCCAUCAAAGAAGUCUUGGCCGCAGGAGAAUUACUAUAUUGAUUUCACCAAGCAAAAGGGUCCCCCUUCGGACUGGACGGUUGCGAACUCCGAGGUCGUCAACUUCACUUCCAACGGAGCCGAGUUGUCAUAUGCAAAAAGGGGGGAUGCACCGAAUAUGUGGACCGAUUUCUACAUGCUUGGCGGCCGAUAUGAUGUCGAGAUGAAAAUUGCUCCGGGCCAGGGAGUGAUUAGCAGCGCGGCUCUAUGGUCAGACACUCAGGAUGAAAUCGAUUUCGAAUUCUCGGGUAAUCAGUUUGGCCAGACGCCUUUCCCGCCUCGGGAUGGGAUGUGGGCUUUUGAGACCAACAUCUUUACGCAGGGAAAGAUGUGGGACGGUGCAGCUACUUACCAGAAAGAUUCAUACAAGCCAGCAGAGCAGUUCCAUAAGUAUUCGGUGGAGUGGGAUGAGGACCACAUGAACUGGUAUGUGGAUGAUAAGGUCGUCCGGAGUGUUCUAGCCAAGGAUACUCCUAAAGGCUUCGCCUUUCCCCAGUCUCCGAUGAAGCUUCAACUUGGUGUAUGGGGAGGUGGAGAUCCUAGCAACAAUCACUGGACUAUUCAAUGGGCCGGAGGUGAGGUCGACAUGAAAGGCGCUCCUUAUACUAUGUAUGUGAAGAGUGUAAAUAUUACAAACAAAUACCCCGCCUGCCAGUACAGAUAUAAGGAUAAGGUUGCUAGCUCAAGCGUUGACGCGGCCAGCUCUAGUGCUUCUUUAAGCUCGCAGGCAUCCGGUUCUAGCUAUCUGGCUUCAUCCCCUUCGGCCUCAUCCGCUUCGGUUUCAUCCACUUCGGGUUCACUCUCUUCAGUAACACAACCUGCCACUUCGAGCAUAGUUAGCGGCACUGUCGUCUCUUAUUCCGAAUCGUUUGGAAGUGCCUCCUCGAGCGUGAUAGGCGGAAGUAACAACACUAUUUCUACAAUAUAUUCGUCGACCGCCAAGUCACCACCGAGACCAUCUCCGCGUACACUACCAUUUGCCCAGUCACGGAAACUAUCCUCGAUGGCAUAA